UGUGUGUGUGUGAGAGAGAUACAGACACACAAAGGAUGUGUGUGUGAGUGGGUGUGUGUGUGAGCUAAACGAGGCUGGGCUUAUACGAUCAGAUGCCCGGUGUCUAUGCCGUGUCCGCUCGCCCGCUCGCCCGCCUCUCACUCCGCUCUGAGACCUCCGCAGAGCGCCGACAGAAACCACCGCCACGCGCCGUGUCCCUUUAAUUGCCGCUCUUUUAGCCAUUCACACCUCUGCUGACUUCCGAGAUUCUCUGAACGGACGUGGAAUCGGCGGCACCGGUUUAUACAACAACGACGACCCAGAACCGGUUCUCUUUGUAGAACGCACGCGGCUGGUGGCCUAGCGGGACCGAUCGUCUUACGAACCGAACCUAAAAUAACAAGCAGCAGAGCCGCGGAAUUUAGGAUCGAGCAUGUGAACUUGUUUUUCUUCCUUCCUGCCAUUCGCAUCGCGCAAGAAGAUUCACAUCGGCGGCGGCGGCGCACAGCGGCAGUGGCAACAUCAAGAGCAGCGCAGCGUCUUCUUACUGCAUCGCGAGAAAUCGCAGAAGCCGCAAGAGCGCAGAGAAGGGGGUCAUCGGCGCUCGCCCCCCACGCUUUGUGGACUUCUCGCGGUCAAAGCGCGAAUUCGAGUGCGGUGGGGUCUUUGUUGUUGUUGUCGGGGUUUGGACCGGGGGAGCCGCAACCCAGACCCGAGCUAGACCGGGACCAGACCCGAGCUAGACCGGGACCAGACCCGAGCUAGACCGGGACCAGACCCGAGCUAGACCGGGACCAGACCCGAGCUAGACCCGCACCGGAGCAGAUCGGUGGAAAUGAGUUCCCGCAGAGGCUUCGCCUCCUCCUCCACCGGCGCGGUGAGCAUGACGAGCAAGUGCCUCGUGUGGGUCCUCCGCGCCUUGGUGCUUCAAGUGGUCUGCUGCAACGCGAUCCGAUGGCUGGCGAUAUCACGGGUGCCCGUGGAGCAGGUGUGGAACCACACGGGGUUGUGCCGGGGGCUGGGCGGCUUCGUGGGCGAGCAGACGCAGCUGUGCCGGCGCCAGCUAGACGUGGCGCCCGUGCUAGUGCAGGCGGCACGCGACACGCUGCGCGCCUGCACCAAGGCCUUCGCCGACAUGCGCUGGAACUGCUCCACCGCCGAGCGGGCGCCCAAUUUCUCUCCCGACCUCGAGAGGGGCACGCGCGAGUCCGCCUUCGUGUACGCGCUGUCCGCGGCGGCCGCGAGCCACGGGGUGGCGCGGGCCUGCGCCGCCGGCGACCUCGCCUCGUGCUCCUGCGCACCCACGCCCGCCGAGGCCCCCUCGGCCGACUUCCGCUGGGGGGGCUGCGGCGACAACCUGCGGCACGGCCUGGCGGUGGGGGGCCGCUUCGCCGACGCGCCCAUGCGCGCCAAGAAAUCGGCGCGUGGCCAGGUGUCGCGGCUCAUGAACCUGCACAACAACGAGGUCGGCCGGCAGGCUCUCCUCAGCUCGGUGGAGACCAAGUGCAAGUGCCACGGCAUCUCGGGCUCGUGCUCGGUGAAGACGUGCUGGAAGGGCACGCGCGACCUCGCGGCCAUCGCCGCCGAGCUGAAGUCGCGCUACCUCUCGGCCAGCAAGGUGACGCACCGGCACGUGGGCACGCGCCACCAGCUGGUGCCGCGCGACAUGGACAUCCGGCCGGUGCGCGACGACGAGCUGGUGUACACCGUGGGCUCGCCCGACUACUGCGCCGUCAACGAGCGGCUCGGGUCGCCCGGCACGCAGGACAGGCAGUGCAAUAAGACAUCAUCCGGGAGCGACAGCUGCGACCUCAUGUGCUGCGGCCGCGGGUACAACCCGUACUCGGAGACACUGGUGGAGCGCUGCCACUGCAAGUACCACUGGUGCUGCUACGUCACCUGCAAGAAGUGCGAGCGCACCGUGGAGCGAUACGUGUGCAAGUAGUUCCGGCUCGCGUCCAGGCGACGGUGGCUUAAUCGCGCCACGCGUCGACGUCUCGUUCCCGUGAACUCUUUGCCGACCCGUGGGCAACACAAAAACGGUAUCGCUGCGCCGGUGAGGAGGCCGGGGGGGGAGUGGGGGGAGGGGCGGAACUUUGCGGAAGGAACUACUUUAACAAUUCAAUGUUUUGAAGUUUGGGAGAGGAGAAAAGCAAAGGUAAAAAAACGGGACUCGUGUUGCAAGUUUGUUCCGGCUGAAUAAUACAAGAAGAUACCAAACAAUAAUCUGGCGCAGGAAAAAUUGUUAAACGAAUCACGCCCCCCCCCCCCAACGGAAAAAUGGCACUCGCGACAAAAAACUAAAUUCGAAAAGUUACGCAUCUGUGUUGAGAUUUAUGAAAUGUACACUUCAGCAACAUCAAGGCCCUACUAAGCAGAAAGCAUGGGUUAGUACCGGUCAACAGAAACAAAAUCCAGACGCGGCUUUUACUUGCGCGUCCACAAGCACAUGCGUGCGCGUGUCUCGGACAAACAGCCGCCGUUACGACUGCAGAGAUUUUGCCCCUCUCUAAGUUUCAUUCGCGAGGCGCCCGUCUAUCGCAAGCUCUACGACGCAGGGACGUGCGCGUGCCCUUUUUGUUAAGAACAAAAAUGAAACUAAAUCCGCUUUUGAGAUUUCCAUCGGAAGCCUUGCCGAUGUAAAAACAACAGCAAAGAAAACCUCCCGAGAGAGAGAGAGGAAAAAAAAAGCGUGCCCUUCUCGCCCACCUGCCUCCUGGUGCAAGGAGCUUACAGAAGAAAUUCAGCCAGAGAGAGAGAGAGAGUGGAGGGGAAGAAAAACAAGGAGAGAGAAUCAUCUGGAAGUUUCGGCGAAAAAUAAGGUUUUUGCCGUCUGAAUCUCGAAGAAUAACGGAGCGGCUGGGAAGAUCUCGGUCCUCGGUGAUACCACGCGGCAAAGAUCUUAGUGGCGGUGGGUGGGUUGGAACUCGAAGAGGCUGCCGGCAAGAUUUGGCAGCGUGGGAAGAUUUUACCCCCCCACCCCCCCCCUUUCCCAAAAGUCGGUGUCUGUCUUUCCGGGAAGUUAUCCGCCAGGAAUCUUCCCACCAAGACCGUUCUUCGUGCCUCCCAACUCAGUCUCCUGGAGAGGAUGAAAUGUUCUUGUUGUUUUCCUCCUCAAGUAAAAUUUGUUUAUAUAUGUAUGUAAAGUCCACGAAAUCCAGAAAACACUCCUUUUAAGAUGAAUGUCGUCCGUUCAAAUGUCCAAGUUGCGUGUCCGCGAGGCAAGGCCACUUCGCUGUCCGUUGCCAUGGCCCCCACCGCCCUACAAUGAUUGGUUAUAAUUAAUAGCACGGUAAUUAUGUUUAUAAUAUUCGAAAUAAUGCAAGGAACAAACGUACCAGACCGACUCUCUCGUCCUGCCAGCAUUGCAUUUGAACUUAGCCUGGUUUGUUCCUGGGCAGGACUAACGGAACAUCAUACCACAUUUCAUAUAUAUAAGUGUAUGUAUGCACGUACCAUUUAUGUAUAUGUGUAUGUAUGUGCGCAACGGUGCGGAUGCCCAUAUAUAUUGCCACACAGUGUGUGUGUAAAUAUAUGCGGAAAUUAAUGGUAAAUAUAUUUGUGUUUUGUAUGUAAACAUACGAAUUGGUGUGUACGUGCGCGCGUGUGCAAAAAAAAUCCAUCCUUUAGCAAAGAGACUGUUCAAAUGAUUACUGUUAGCGAGCCUCUAUAAAGCUGAUGGCGGGGGGUGGGGGGGGAGCCGGUGUGGCAAGCACCACUUUCGGCCUCCCCUACGUUCAAUGCCACUCUGUGACCCAGUCACCGAUUUUUUUAGGCCCCAGUUGACCUAAGGGUAAUCCCAAACAAAGCUGAGCUUCAGGAAGUACUAUUUUUGGUUAUGCGACGAACAACAUCGCAGUGGUUUGACGGCUCGUGGUGUCCAAUCGGUGCAACCCAAUCUGGAUUCGGGAAUCUUUGUAAGAUACGACCACAUCUCACGGGGGCCGGUGCUCGACAGCCGUGCGUGUGCGCUUCAAAAGCAGAACGGCGAUCGUCAUCCCACACCGCAGUGGAUCGAUGACCAAAGGCUCCAAAUCAUAAAAUUUUGAUAUUUGAUCUCUUUCAAUGCACGAAAUGAGCACAAAAAAAAUAAUUGGGAGGUGGACUUAAAUUGAUUACCAUCAUCUUAUGUCCCAAAGUAACGAAUGGAAUUAAUUGACGCGAGCGAGCGAUAGUGAUUCCGUUAUUAACGAGCCGUGAUUUUUUGUUUUGAACCUGCGAAAAGUGUGGUCAUUGACAAUAAACCGAAAUGCAAUUAGAUAUAUAAAAUAUAUUCUUCUCAUUCUCAGAAUUUCUGAUAUGAGAUGGCCAUGAUGUGCCUUGGCGUGUUUUACUGGAUAACACGAGCGCCACAUUUCACCGAUGGGUUUUGUUUAAAAUGGAAGUGCGGUGGUCAUCGUACUGCGGUGGUGCUGCACUGCCAAGCGCAAUGUAACCCGGCCAAAUGCAAUGCCCUAUAGACGAUAACCUCAUCGAAAACGUUGAGACGUCACGUGUCCAUAUCAGUUACAUUCACGGAGGGCCCAAAACCACAACGCGGUGAGAAUAUAGAUCCAAUUUCGGCAACAACGGCUCAUUUGCUAAAACUUCUCGACGGCACAGUGUAGCCAUGGCAGUGCGACUGAUAGUCCAUGAGUGCCCCAGACGAGACAUGUCGCCACGUCUCAUGGUUCAAAUGUCUCAAUGCGGCCCAAAGAUGCGAUUUGUUUUACUUUUUACCUCGUGGUGAGGUGGGGCUGUCGCGUAACUCGCUCGCAUUGGCUGCGUAAAUCGAUCAGCGCUGCGAAAAGUUUCGCCCGCUGCCUUCUUUUUUAGGUGCGGUCCAAUUCCCGUCGUGGCCCGCGGACUGCUGACGACGAUUCACGCACAAUUGCCGGCAGUGCGCGUGGGGGGGGGCUUGUACCCCCCCUACCCCCCCCCCCGUACCCACCCGACCAGUGAUCCGACUAAGUUGGUGCGAUGAAACUGAAAUGAAGACGAAAGCGCUGUGUGAGAGAGCUGUAGAGUACCGCUGUGCGAGUGUACAAUAACGUGGUAAUGUGACCAGCGUUGCGCAUUGUUCCCGACGUUCAACAGUUGCGUAUGAUCCGCGGCGGUUGUAAUCGCGGCGAUGGGUGAAGAUUGGCAGGCCUGGAAAUGAUGACCGUUUGCGGAUUAUCCACAAUCCCAGGACGAGUGAUGAGGACCAAGAUUAUUUGAUAGAAAAUCCAGUUUGUAGCGGGCUUUAAAAAAAAAAGAUCUUGGAUUCUGACUUGUUUAUAAAUCUUUUCUCUUAUCUCUGGCUGUUAUUACACAUUUUUGCCUCGCGUGUGCAUGCGUGCGUGCAUGUCGAGAGAGAGCGGGGGUGGGGGGGGGAAACGUCCAAGCCACCCAGUGUGAAAUGGUCACGAUAAGGUCUGGAUUAAAAAAUAUAUAUGAAAAGAAUGACUUGCAUUGUUUCCUGUUUCGCGUUUCUGGGGCUGGGAUUUGAAAGGCCUGCCACUGAACCCUAGGGUGGAUGAGUGCCCUUACUUUUUGGAAUUCCACCAAAAUAAUAAUUUCAGAAUUACACUCCCAGCCACCCCCCCCUCUCCAAUGAAAAAAUGGCGAUUGAAAUAUGGUCGGAAUUAUUCGCUUUUGGGCCGUUUUCUCUGUCUAUUUAAAAAAACCGUUAAAUAAACCGUACAUGUUUUGGCAGAACAGACAUCUAUUAUGCAUUUAUUAAAAAGUAUUCAGUUUCCA